UCUUUCUUUCUCUUUUUCUUUUCCUCCUUGCUAGAUCCUAAGUAUCUCUACUUUACUCUUUUUUUCCUCCCUUUGUUCUGGUUCUGUCUUUUGCGUGAUCCAUAUCAUGGAGUUUUUCCUUGAAUUGCUUCUCACGGCGGUUGUUGCGCUUCUCUUUUCUUUCCUUGUCGCCAAGCUCGUAUCUGUUUCUAUGGCCGAUCGUAGUUCCGAUCAGGCGGAGAGAACAGAGAUCGGUGUCGGUGAUGGUUUAGUUACUGUGGAGGAGCUUCGUUUUGGUUUGAAGAUGGAUGCUCCGGUGAUCCAGAGAAAGAGGAAAGACCGAGUUGUUGUUGAUGAGAAUGUGGAACAUGUUGAUAGGUUUGGAAGCGAAGCUGAUGGUGUUGUUGUUGAUGAAGUCGAGGAAGCUGAUGAAGAGGUUGAGUUGGUGGUUACAACUUCGGAAGCUGAUGAGUUCUUGGCUGCUGUCUUGCCGGAGAAUGUGAUAGGCAAGGAGAAGAUAGUUCGUGGAGAAGACAAACGGAGAGAAGAAACAAGUGGAGAAGUCGGUGAUGAUCGAGAAGAGUUGAUUGUUAGUACUGUGGAAGCUGAAUACACUGCUUCUGUAAUAGCAGAGGAGAUUAUGAAUCGACGACAAGAGGAGAGAAGCGAACCGACAGAAGAAAGAACUGCUUGUGCAGAAAACGUAACAAGAGUAGAAGUCGAAGUCACGGAGUCUGAGGAGGUUAAGGUUGAAGAAAGUAAAUGUGUUGAGAAGAGUGAUGAUAAGAUGGAGUUAAGUACUGAAGAAGAGAAGGAAGAGCAAGAGGAGUUGAAUAUUGAAGACGAUGAUGAUGAUGACUGGGAAGGAAUUGAGAGGAGUGAGCUGGAGAAAGCCUUUGUGGCUGCUUCAAAUCUUCUGGAGGAAUCAGGGAAAGGUGAAGAGAUUGGUGGUGAGGCUAAGAUGGAGUUGUACGGCCUGCACAAGAUCGCCACUGAAGGGUCAUGCCGAGAGGCACAACCGAUGGCUGUCAUGCUCUCUGCUCGUGCUAAAUGGAAUGCCUGGCAAAAACUUGGAAACAUGAGUCAAGAAGAGGCAAUGGAGCAGUAUCUUGCACUUGUUUCAAAGGAGAUUCCUGGUUUGGUGAAUACUGUAGGGAAGAUGCCAGAAACAGAAAACUCUGUUAUCUUACCUCCUAAUUCAGGAUCAUUAGAAGAACCAACCACUUUAGACAAUGCUUGAAGAAGACUCUGUGGUGAAACAAAGGCAAAUCUAUUCUUUUGCAUUUAGUGUAUGUUUCUCAAAAGAUAAUCAUAAACGCAGUAAAUAGACCAUUUGGUGACUUGGUUUGUAUAGUGUUCUACAUAAUUCGUUAUCCUCACCCUAUGGUCUGAAGGAGUUGCAGCAAAACAAAAACCACUUAAAUAUCCUAUCUAUCUGUGUGUGUAUGGAUUGAUUGAUUUAUUGUGUGUAGUAGAUAAGCUAAGACAUGAAACAAGCAAGGGAACUUACACCCUCCUAGUAGUUUGCCUUUUGUUUUGAUUCUAAGCAACAGCAAGCUGAUUGCAGCUAAACCAUAAAUAAGCAAGUUUCCUUACAUUCAAUUUGCAAAGAGGAGAGCUUUGAAUCUGGGAAAACUAGUAAUAUUACCAAAAAAACUAUCCCAAAACAGUAGAAUCUCAAAAGAGACAUAGAAAGACUAAAAAGAUGGAGUACUUAAACAACGGCAAAUCCGCAUUUAUUUUAUUCUUUUUGCAGACAACAAAAGAACAUAAAACGAAGAAGAAACAAGAGAAACAUCCCAAGCCCAUUGUACGUAAGAUCCGAUCAAGGCACGAUCUUGAAAGCCUUGUACUUAUCAAUCCAAGAUACAAAAGAGUUGUUAGAGUUCCUGAAACCAAGAAACCCAUGUUCUUUACUCUUGUUCAUACUAUCAAUCAUCCCUUCAACACCAAGUAUCACAUCAACAAACCACCACACACCAACUUCAUCAAGCUUCUUCUCCACCAACUGAUACUCCUUAACCAUCUCUUCCCACACCCUCUCUUUCCCUUUCAUCAUCUCCACCAAACCCAAAUUCCUCCCUUCCUCAAACCCAUACUCCUCUAUCCCAAACUGCUCCGCAAGAACCUUCCACAGAUGUUUCCACUUGAACACAUCAUCAUUGUUGCAGUUAAACGCCUCGUUUUUCGCGUACGGAUCAACCGCAGCCCAAAUCUGCUGCUCAGCGAUCAAAUCCGCAUCAGAAGCUGUACUGAAACCUUCCCACGCCUUCUUGCUCCCAGGGAAGAUCAGCUUAGAACCUUCGUGCUUACAAAUCGCUGCGUAGACACAUAAAGUCCCCACAAUGUUCAUUAAACUAUAAGGAGAGAAACCGAAGAUAGUGUUCGGUCUAUGCACAGACCAAGAAACACUCUCUUUCUUCUUAAUCUCUUCAAACAGAACAUCCUCAAGCGUGUAAUAAAAAUUCUCAAUCUUCAACCUCGGCAUAUCCUCAGUAAACGGAGGAUCAUGAUACUGAGUCGUCUCAAGACCACUAAAGGGACCGAUGUAGUGUUUCGUCCCUGUCUGGAGACAAACGUGUCGGAGAUUCCGCGCGUUCGGGAUAACUACACGGAGGACGUUACGGAGCAUAGUUCCGUUGGCUUCGCAAUUCUCUUUCUCGGAGGAGCGGUUUGUCCAGGUGACGUAGAAGACGUGUGUGACGUCGGUUAAUGGUGACAGCUUGGAUCUGACGUCAUCGGGGUUCGAGACGUCGCACUGGAUGUAAUCGAUGGGGUGAUCGGAGUUCCAGGAGGGACGAGGACGGCGAGCGACGCCGUAGACUUUCCAUGGACCGCCUGGUGUGUCGGAGAGAGGGAGGAUCUCGGCGAGGCUGUUUCCGACGAUUCCGGUGACGCCGAUGAUUAGUGCGACGCUCUCGUAGGUUUGUGUUGUAGGUUCAUCGUCGUCGAACUUCUUCUGCGAGAUAGAGAAAGACAGAUUCUAUAGAUCAGUGACUAUGAAGAAGAAGAUGAAAGAUCUGACGUGGCUGAUAUUUACCUUGGCAGCUCCGAUGGCGCCAGCCCACCACCAACUCAUUUUUUCGAUCUAAUCGGUGACACGAGAAACAAAGACAAGGAAGAUGUUGUAGGCUC